AUCACACCAUUGGGUCAUCGCUCAACACCCUACCACCAUAGCCGAUCCUAUUAUCCAAGAUAAUGUAGAAAAUGGGCCUCACCCUCCCCGAGGAAAGACAGGUGCCAAGUACAUUAUCAGGGAAGAUGGUCAGAGGCAGGAUCUUCGUUAUGUGAAGAAAAGUAGUGAUCAGCAUCUGGAGCUGGGUUACAAGGUGGAAAGGCACCUCAUUGAUGGAGAUUUUGUUCUUUUCAACCGGCAGCCCAGUCUUCACAAAAUGUCUAUCAUGGGGCAUCGCAUCAAAAUCAUGCCUUACUCAACUUUCCGCCUCAAUUUGUCUGUCACAUCGCCAUACAAUGCAGAUUUUGAUGGGGAUGAAAUGAAUAUGCAUGUUCCCCAGUCAUUUGAAACCAGAGCUGAGGUUUUAGAGUUGAUGAUGGUGCCAAAGUGUAUUGUCUCACCUCAAGCGAAUAGACCUGUUAUGGGUAUUGUCCAAGACACACUUCUUGGCUGUCGAAAAAUUACCAAAAGGGAUACUCUCAUCGAAAAGGAGACAAGUUCAAAGGCAACUGGUGUGACAUAUACCAUCACUGGUGUUAUAGAGGAAGUUGUUGACACCAAGCUUAAAAUAACUGAGCUUCCUGUCCGCCGCUGGACUACAGAUUACAAAGAGUUUCUUGAAUCCAUGUGUCCUAUUCCUAUCAAGGAAAAGGAAAAGAGCAAGGACAAGAACAAGGAAAAGAAGAAGGACAAGGACAAGGACAAGGACAAGGAAAAGGAAAAGAGCAAGGAACCGCCAUUGUUAGAGGAAAUAAGGUCGCAGUGUGAUCACGCGGAUGUGGAAUUUGAGCUUAUACUGAGUGAGAAAAACAUGAAUAUAGCUAAGCAAGAAGGCCUUGAGAAGAAAUUCAAGCUGACUACCACAAUAGGAACAACAAACAUGCAUUUGUUUGCUUCACAUGGUAAAAUAAAAAAAUAUGACACCCCAGAGGAUGGUGAGUAUCCCUAACACGGGCAUGUAUUAUAGCAACAAAUCCUUUUACUUGUGGUUUUGGCACUGACAUUAUGUUAACUUUUCAGUACUUCAAGAGUUCUUUGAUUUUAGUUAUAUCUUGUAAGCUAUAGAAAAUAGUAGUAUGAUCUGUUUGUCAGCAGAUGGUCACCAAAUGAUUGUUCCGUCUGUGCUGAUCCGCGAGAUCCUGAAGUUGAUGCAGGAAGAGUGGCCCCUGUUAGGUGUUACUGGUAAUCCAAACUUGUAUUAGCAUUAAACUGAUGGAUAUAGUAGGUAUGAUGAGUGGGAUGUGAAAGGUGCAAUAAGGAGACAUCAAUAGAUUGAUUGUUUAUAUUA